AUGACCACGGCAUCUCCAACUUUCUACUCGGCCGACCCGGAGACUACGUCUGAUUUGGCUCUACGCUUUGCGGAAUCCACCUCACCCGGGCCAGAAGGCCACAUUCCCUCGGAGGCCCAUAAGCUUUCCCAGAAGAAACCGAGAAAGAUGAGAUCUUCGCCAACCGGCGACGACCAUUCGAAACUGGCUCACUCUCUGUUGUCUACUUCCUCACCCGAAGGACUGGCGGCUGCGGCUAGAGUCACCCCGAACAGAAUCGCGGGUUUACUACUGAAACAGGGCCCUUUGCCAAUAAGACACAUCACCGGGCAUCUUGCCUCGCAAAUCAAUGGGUUCUCCAGUUUGUCGCUGUCAAAACAGAGAAGACUAAUCAUCUCUGCUUUGGAGUUGGGAGACCCAAUCACCGGGUGUGUUUUUGAGAAGAUCGGCUGGGGUCAAUGGGAAGCCCGCAAAGUUAGUGAAGAGGAGGUUAGACUAAGAAACUCGAAACAGGCGCUUUCGACUAGCCCUCCUUCUGCGAACUCGUCUUUUGGUGAAUCGCUCUCCAGAAGUGCACCAAAGUCGAUCAAGAAACGUCAUUCCAACGUUGACGACGUCUCACUCGUAUCUCCACGUUCGGCAAUGUCUUUUGCGGUUUCCGCAUCUGCUUCUGCCUCCAAUUCGUGGUCAAGAAGGGAGUCUAUUACGAACCCGGCUACUGAUCCACACAACGCGAAAUUGCCGGUUUCUCCUAGUCUGAACCCAAUCCAGAGUCUGAGAAACUCCUUUAGGGGCAGACAGAUUUCGCUCGAUGAAGCCAUUGAGUCGUCGUCCGAUGAGGAGGGACUCGAAUUCGACGAUGGCGAUGGCGAUGGCUACGAGGAAGACGGAGGCAUGUUUGCGUUUGAUAACGAUGACUCCGAUGGCAAAUCGUAUAUCCGCAGCAACUCUGUGACUUCCACCCAUCGCCGUCCUUCGUUUGGCGGUAUUAUGAAACCCAGAAAACCACGGGCUUCUUUCAACAGCCAGACAAUUGAGGCCGCUCUGGACGGCAACUCAAUCGAGGGCGGUCUGGAUGCCGCUUCUGUUCCGGAAAGCAUCGUCUCUAGAAGAAGGCCAAGGGCUUCUUUCAACAAUGCCUCUUCGCUUUCGAGACAAUCCUUUUUACGGACGAACAUUUCACCAAAUACUGACCCACUGACAAUGCACGAUUCGGUGAGCAACAUCGCCAUCAACAAGGUGUCUUCCACCGAAAACGUGUACUCUGCCAGCAACAGUGGAGCACAUUCGGAGACGGAUGAAGAAGACUGGGAAUCGAUAGGUGCUGCGAGCUUGAGAAGAGCCUCUGCUUUGACACCUCCAACGCCGCUUCUGGUAGACACCUCGGAUCACAAGAACGGAAUCAAGGAUGACGAGAUGGCUGCCAUGGUUCUGAUGGAUCUGAAGGCGGUCUGA